CCUUAAUUAUAUCCAAGCUACAAAUAGGUUAAACAUAGCUAGCUUGUGAAAGGUAGAUAUUGUUAACCAAGAAGAGGGUCGAUCAAAUGGAGUGGAGUAGCAGCAACCCCGUUCCCUUUAUUCCUCGGAAUGCACAAAGUCCGUUUUCCUUUCUGUAUAACACUGUCGACCCCUAUCUAUACCCACCUGGGGGGUCAGAUAUGAAGUAUCAGAUGUUGCAGCAGGCAUCUUUACCAAUGAUGGAUCUAAGCCAAAUUGAUUACGAUAGCAACAAUCAGGACAAGAAGAAAAGAUUGACAAGUGAACAGCUAGAGGCAUUGGAAAACAGCUUUCAGGAGGAGAUUAAACUGGACCCUGAAAGAAAGAUGAAGCUGGCACAAGAACUUGGACUACAGCCCAGACAAAUUGCAGUUUGGUUUCAAAAUAGACGUGCUCGUUGGAAGGCUAAGCAGCUCGAACGUUUGUACGAUGCUCUUAAACAAGAGUUCGAUGCUGUCUUCCGAGAGAAGCAACAGCUUCAAGAGGAGGUAUUAGCAUUGAGAGCUAUACUCAAAGAACAUGGCAAUAAGAGACAAGCACAAGUUUCCGCAACAGGGUACUCAGACAUGACCGGAGAAGAUACUACUGUUGAGAGUACUUCGGUGAACGCCAUUCGCAGCUCCAACAAUGUUUCAUAUCAAGCUGUUGCUACCCCAUCGUCUGCGGUGGCUGCUGGUGAAUGCAACUAUAUGAUUAACUAUGAUGGAGCUUCGGUUCCCACUCAAUCGUACUACAACUGGGCUGGUCUCCCUUCAUAUCCAUGAAAUAUAUAGUCUAUAUGUUACUUAUAUAUCUAGUUUUAGAUGUUCUAAGUAGAUUAGCUUAAAGAAUGUUGCGGUAGCUUUUCAAUAUACAUUGAUUAGCUCUUUAAAAGGUGUCAUACUAGCUUUAACAUAACGUUUUCUUAAAAUCGAAUGCAAUAUA